AUGUCAAAAAUACCAAGGAAUUUUAAAUUAUUAGAAGAAUUAGAGAAAGGUGAAAAAGGAUUAGGAGCAGAAUCAAUAUCAUAUGGGUUAACAAACCAAGAUGAUAUAACAAUGACAUAUUGGAAUGGUACAAUAAUUGGUCCUCCACAUUCAAAUCAUGAAAAUAGAAUUUAUUCAUUACAAAUAAUAUGCGAUGAAAAUUAUCCUGAUAAACCUCCAAAAGUUAAAUUUAUUUCUAAAAUAAAUUUACCAUGUGUUGAUUCACAAGGUAAUGUUAUUAUCAAUGAAUUUGAUACUUUAAAAAAUUGGAAAAGAUCAUAUACUAUGGAAACUGUAUUAUUAGAAUUAAGAAAAAGUAUGGCUUCACCUAAUAACAAAAAAUUAGCUCAACCAUCUGAAGGAUCAACUUAUUAA